AUGUUCCUCGCGCUUGCACAGAAGUCCGGCAAGGAACUGACACAUCUUUCCAUCGUCAGCAGAAAUCUGUUAGCAGUCUCCAACGACGCUAUAGGCUCACUCAAGUCCCCCUCUCGCUUAGAGCAUCUCGAAAUGGACGACCGUCUCUUCUUCGGCGACAAGACACCGCUUGUCGGAAUCGGCGAUAUACUCCCUCCCAGCAUCAAGACCGUGCGCCUGUUGAUAUGGAGCUUCGGUACGAACGUGGAAACGCUGCAGAGCCUCUUCGCACCGGAUGAUUUGCUGCAUCAGAAGCUGCCUCUACUGGAGGGUGUAAGGGUUGUGCGAGGGGUGAACAUGGGAGACAGCAGCCAUUCUUUGCCUGUGCCGGACGAGAUUGCGCGGAAGGCUUUAGGCGAGAUGGUGCGGGCUGCUGGGUUUAGGUACGAAGAGGAAGACGCGGUCGGAGCGCCGUCGCCAGUAUGGUUGGAGGGGUUGGAAUCACAAUAUGGGCCGUGGUAG